AUGGAUGCAUCCGAAAACCGUGGCACCGACGACGCAGACUCGUCGAGCUCGCCGUACGUGAUCUCACUUGGUAGGGAAAUUCCCCCCGAAGAAUACAGUUUCUACCUUUCGGAAUCGGUGACCUGUCCCAGCAUCCUGUUCCUUGACGAUGUCCCCGCUGUCCAUGUCCAAGUGCGCGGUCUAUCAGUCUCUCUCAACACCGCCCCGUCAUGGCUCGAGCCCGCUACCUACCCGGACUUAAUAUGCGGCAAGUUCGACACGGCCCCUCGCAGCAAAACUCUGCUGCAUUCGGUGGCUGCCGACAUGCGUCCCGGAACCUUGACGGCCAUCAUCGGCGGCAGCGGUUCCGGUAAAACCACACUCCUGAAUGCCAUGGCAGAGCGCACCACCAGCUGGAGACUGAAUCAGGAGGGAGCCGUAACCUUCAACGGCCAGUUGGGUGUCCACAGUGCUCGCCACGCCUACGUCAUGCAGCAAGACAGCUUGGUGCCAACACUCACGGUGCGCGAGACACUCCGGUACGCGGCUGCGCUACGUCUUCCCGCAACAACCUCACGGGAGCAUCGCAAUGGCGUGGUGGAACAAGUCCUUUGCGAACUGGGGCUGAACAAAUGCGCAGACACCAGAAUCGGCAACAGCCGGAACCGUGGUUGCUCGGCAGGGGAAAAGAAACGCGUCAGUAUUGGAGUUCAGCUGCUGGCGAAUCCAUCCGUUUUGUUUCUCGACGAGCCCACGAGCGGGUUGGAUGCCACGAGUGCGCAUCUGCUCAUGCACACUCUCAAAUCCCUGGCCAGCCAAGGCCGUACGGUCAUCACAACCCUCCAUCAGCCUCGAUCCGAGAUUUGGCAUUUGCUUGACAACCUCGUCGUCUUGUCCGAAGGUGCACCCAUGUAUGCCGGCUGCGUCCUGGAUUGUCUCCACUGGUUCCAGGAGCUAGGCUUCACCUCGCCGCAGUUUGUGAAUCCAGCCGAUUUCGUCAUCGACUUGACCGCCAUCGACAAGCGCACUCCAGAACUUGAAGCGGAAUCCACUGAUAGGUUAAAUGGCCUGAAGUCUGCAUGGGCUGAGGAGAGUACCAUUUUAUAUCGGUCCGAAGACCCUGAUGCUUCAUAUACCGGACAGAAGCCUGUGGCAAACACGCAACAUGCCGGCCCGUUCCUCCGCCAGCUGCGAUUGUUAACGGUUCGAACUCUUAAAGUAACGCAUCGAGAUGCGCUUGGAAAAACAGCAACCUGGGUCGAGGCAAUCUUCAUGGGUCUUCUGACUGGGUACAUAUUUAAUGGCCUCGGGCGCGAUCAGAUGGGGAUCAGGUCUCGCGAGGGAGGAUUGUAUAUUGCGACUGUCUUGCAAGGCUACUUUAUUCUCCUGCUCGAGGUGUACCGGAUGACCAUCGACAUUCGCACUUUUGACAACGAGUCGGCGGACGGCUGUGUCGAUGCCCUGCCGUUUGUGCUCUCUCGCCGACUUGCUCACUUGCUCACCGAGGACUUGCUCGUGCCGGCUGUAUAUUCCGCCCUGGUGUACUUUCCGGCCGGGUUCCAACUCACCUCGACCCAGUUCCUCACUUUCCUUGCCAUUACAGUCAUAAAUCAUUCCGUUUGCGUUUCUUGCGCCAUGACAAGCGUCGUUGCUGCGCGCCGUUUUGCCAGGGCUUGCUUGCUAGCCAAUCUGGUGUAUACGUUGCAGAUCCUUGUUUGCGGAAUGCUUAUUCAGGUCAACACCAUGUCUGUAUACGUACGGUGGCUUAGAUGGAUUUCCUUUGCUUUCUACGCCUUUAGCUCCUACGCAGGCAACGAGUUCCAGGGCAACUUUUACGAGUGCCCGCUUCCAGGCGGUCCCUUAAACCCAGCUUGCCAGCCGUACUCCGGUGACUUUGUCAUGGAGUCGCUUGGAUUCCCUAGCAACUGGGUUGCUCGCCCCAUAAUCAUAUUGACGUCGUUUCUCGCCUUUUUUACCAUUUUGUCAGUCUUAGGUUUGCGGUUCCUCAAAGCUGAUACAUCAAUUUCUCGGUCCCAGACCUCGGACACGGACUUGUCGGCAGGAAAGGAGAAGAUGACGGAGCGCAUGUUCCAGGAGACGGGGAUGAUUGACCUUGGUUUGGACGGGCUUGCCCUUGUCCUCGAUAAGAGGAACGGCUCUGGGAAAUGGCAGCCGAAGAAAGUUAUCCUGUACCCUGUGACGACCACCUUUCGAGCCGGCGUGCUGAGUGUCGUCAUGGGCCCGUCUGGGAGUGGAAAGACGUCGUUGCUGAACGCAAUGGCGUUGCGACUUCGAAAUACGGUGCGCGCAAAGUACCGGACUUUUGGACAUGUGACCUUCAACGGGUCUGUUCCCUCGGAUUCGGUUAUCCGAUCGGUCUGCUCCUACGUCUGCCAAGAUGACGACGCCCUGCUUCCGUCGCUGACGGUACGCGAAACGCUAAGAUUUGCAGCCGGUCUUCGACUCCCCUCCUUCAUGCGCACCGAUGAGAAAAACCGGGUGGCGGAGGACGUUAUUAUGAAGAUGGGAUUGAAGGACUGCGCAGACAAGCUGAUUGGAAGCGACACGAUCCAAGGAAUUUCUAGAGGAGAAAAGCGCCGCGUCUCAAUCGGCAUACAGAUCCUCACCAACCCUCGGAUCCUGCUUCUGGACGAGCCAACAUCAGGCCUGGACGCUUUCACGGCCAGCUCCGUCAUGGAAGUGCUGCAGGGCCUGGCAAACGAAGGCCGCACUGUCAUUAUGACAGUUCAUCAAGCUCGGUCGGAUCUUUUCCAUCGUUUUGGUGACGUUGUGCUACUGGCAAGCGACGGGUUGUCAGUCUUCCUCGGACCUGCGAGCCAGAUGCUGGAGCAUUUCUCCCACUUUGGUUAUAAUUGCCCAACGCAGACCAAUCCAGCUGAUUUUGGUAUUGACAUGGUCACUAUCAAUGAGCAGCAGGAUGAACGGGAAGCGAAAACUCGCGAUAGGGUGCAGAAGCUGAUUGAGGAAUGGACUCGGAGUUACGCAGAAGGUCGCUGGCAGCCGUUUGGUGAUGCGGUAUGCGGCAUCCCGGAAGGCGGCGAGGCAAACAAUAACGAGGACGGUAAAGACCACACUAUAGUGGUCCAGCAGGGAAACGCGCCACUAAACGGGCAAAACGGUCCCUCGUCACCACGGCUCAGCAAGGCAAAACUCUUGACCCCCGCCGAACUGGCCGCGCUUAUUGGGAGACGACCAUCCAUCCUCACUACGCUGCCAUUGCUUGUCCAGAGAGCUUUCAUCAACAUCCGCAGACAGCCGCAGCUCGUCAUGGCGCGCAUCAGGCAUUGCGUAGGCUUGGCCGUGUUGCUUGCCAUCUUUUUCGCGCCCAUCGGCAACGACUACUUCGCAGUGCAAACUCGCAUGGGCUUUGUGCAGGCAGUCGGGGCCUUUUAUCUCGUGGGAAUGCUGCAGAACGCCGUAGCGUACCCCUUCGAGCGCGACGUCUUUUACCGCGAGAACGACGACGGGGCGUAUGGCGCCGGCGCAUUCCUCGCCUCGUACACGCUCGUCGAAGUGCCCCUGGAACUGCUCAGCUGCAUGGUGGUCAGCGUCCUCAGCACAUUUGCCGUCGGCCUUCCCAGAAACAUGGCCAUGUACGGGGCUUAUUCAAUUGCCUGCUUCGGCCUAGUGUCGUGCGGCGAGUCCCUCGGCAUCAUGUUCAACACUCUUUUUGGACGCUCCGGCUUUCCGCUCACCCUGAUGGGGUUUGUGCUGUCAAUCGCGAUGGCCAUGGCCGGGGUGUUCUCUAUUGAUAUGCCGCGAUGGUUGCAGGCGGUGAAUUUUUUGUCUCCGAUUCGAUAUGCUACGCGGGCUGUAGCUCCGUUAUCGCUUCGGGACGUCCAGUUUACAUGUACGGAUGGGCAGCGAUUGCCGGUUGGACGGUGUCCCAUUGAAACGGGGCAGCAGGUUCUGGAGCUGUACGGGUUUGAUGUCGACCCGUGGGUGAAUGCCGCGUGUCUGGCGGCUUGUAUUGUUGUGUAUAGGUUGAUGGCGUGGGCUCUGCUGAAGAUGGCGCGGGCGCGGUGGGCAAGUCGCAGGUAG